UCGAUGAACCUCGUAACCGCCCAGUCCGGCUCUUACUAUACUCCCCCCUCUACAUCGUUGUCUCUUAAUUUUUCUCUCGAAGAAAGUCCGUCACAAUGGCCGAUUCGAACGAUUCCCGGGCGGUCGUGCCGGUCGCGAGGUCCGCCAGACCGGUCAGUGAGACUCUGCUGAACGAAAAGUGGGACCGUGCUAUCUCCUCCAUGAUCAUUAAAUCUUCUCUCGGCCUGUCCUUCGGUGUUAUUUUCUCUGUUCUCUUGUUCAAGCGGAGAGCCUGGCCCGCCUGGGUUGGUCUGGGAUUCGGUGCCGGACGGGCAUGGGAAGAGGCUGACGCUUCCUUCCGACGAGGCGACACCCCCGUGACCGCCGCCCUGCGCCAGCAGAAAUCGUGAGCUUAGUCCGCCUUGCAGUAGGACGUUGAGGGCUUGACGGAAAAUACAGCAGGUUUGGAGACAUCCUGUGGGAACUCGUUCAUGCUCCUGUGCCACAGCAUUUCCGUUGAAAAUGAAGCCUAUGACAGGAAGAUUAACUCCGAGUUCCAUAAACAUACUAGACAGGACAAUAUAUUUCCAAUGUACGAUACUGUACAGAUGCAUCUCAGGGGAACGGGUAGAGACCUCGCUGAAAGAGGAUGCUUGUAUGUAUAUUUGCCGGCCAUCAUGGUCCAUGUAAAAGAAUGACAUCAUGUAGUUUACCUGAUGCCUUUCUCGAGAUCUUCACUCGCAACGGCAACAAAUAAAUGCGUAUACUGCUGUUUCUG